AAACAACAAUACCAACAUGCCCGAGACAGACAUUAGUGAAUAUCGACGGCUUUUGGGCCUGUUGGAAAAGAGCCACAGGAGAGACCUCGCUACACAUCUCUAUUCUACCGCAUUAAUGCACAAUUUACACCCGGUGUUCCCAUACUGGCGGUAUACUCAAUGGCCUUUGAGUGUUGACCGAGUGCCUGAUCCUCGAACCCAAUUUGAAUAUACAGACGUGGCGAACAUCAGGGGCAUAAGGUUCGAACCGGAAGUGGUACAAAGUGCGGUGGAGGCGCGUUUUACGCGUUUUACCCCCAACAACUUGGCUACAGAGCCCGUGCUACCGAUAACACGAGGAUCUCGCAAACUACGCCAUGGCCAAACUGAUGCUCCACCUUCAAGAAAACGCCCAGUGCGAGAGGUGGAUUCAGACGACAGCUCUGAGUCCGAGUAUUUUUCUGCUGGUGCCGACGGUGGUAGUGAAGAAGAGCUGGAUGGUGAGGUUGAGGAAUUAGACUGGUUAGACGAUGAGAAAGGUGAUGAAAAUGGUGAUGAAAAUGGCGUGGAACCCAACAACAACGACUCGGACGAGGAUGAAACCAUCGGAACACUUCGCGUCUCCGACGCGUCUGACACUGACGCAGAAGAGGAGCUGGACUCCAUUAACCCGUUGAGGCGGAUCAAGUUUGUACAAAAGCGAAGCGACCACAAUGCCGAUUUGUACUUGGAAAUGAAGGCUUUACUUGAACGAGCAAUUUCCAAAAAGCUCAACCGCAUGAACCUAAGAAAGGGCCAGCAAAUGACUACUAAGAUGGAUACUCCGGCCACCGACCAAAUGGCCAAAUGUCUCGCAGGAAAAGUAGAUGAUCUCACUCGAGAGUUGGCAAAACUCAGCCAUAAAGACGACACAAACCCCCAUAGACAUGGGCUUUUCACGUGGCAGGAUAUACUCAUUUCAGAGCAGUUGAUAGCCAAACCAACCCUCCCCAGCACAGGGUCAAACGAGUUCUAUACCAAGUGUGAGGACAUGUUCCUCCACAUGAAGUACAACUAUAGGCUUGCUGGUGAAAGUGAAAAUGAAGAGGAAGAUGCUCCAACAAACUCAUCGGUAAACUUCAGUUACUAUGAUUACCUCCAGCGCUUGCAACACAAGAAAGUCACCAAGAAGUCAAACAUGACCCCUGAGUUCAUUCUUCAGCAGAAGCAAGCAGUAAAGGAAGUGGCUGCGAACAAACGAAAAAUCUUUAUGGAACUCCUAGCCCAAAAAGAGCGAGACAAUACCCUUUCUUGGAACAAGGGAUACAAUAGAGAUGGGGUAUACAAAAAGGGGAAACGGCACUUCAAGGCCCCCAAGAAUGACGAGGAGUUCCCAGAGUUUGCCUUGCAACACGGUGGAUUGCGCAUCGAUGAAUACGAAUAUUUGGUAGAUUUCUGAAUUAUUAGGUACAUUGGCAUAAACAAGCAUGAAUGAAUUAGUUUCUUUUUUCAAAGGUUUCGGUGAUCUCAGUGUUGAAAAUCACGUCCCAGAACUUGGAGGUGACGCCGAAGCCCAACUCGUAGUUCUUAUAGUGGUGCUCUAAGUGGUAGGUUUUCAACUCUUGAAAGUAAGCUGGUAACUUGGUGUGGUGCAAAAAAUAGUGGGUACAGUCGUACAUGAUAUAACCAAAGGUCCCUCCAGCAAAUCCCGAGCACGCCAUGUAGAAUGGAAGGAGAGAAAACACCAACCUGUAGAAGGGAUAGGCCAAAACAAUGAAUAAAACUGGUGGUAAUACCAAUCUGUAUUUAUCCAUUGGCAAAUAGUGGUGAACUCCGUGUAAAGAAAAGUGUAACGUGAGGGAAAUAGGGUGGUCAGGCAAGUACUUGUCCAAGUGGAACAAGAAUCUAUGUAAGCAGUACUCGACAAGGGUCCAAACCCCAAGACCGAACAACCAGAGACUCAAAGCAAUGAUUUUGUUCUGGUUGACAAACCCCACGUAAAAGAUGAACAAGUUGGGUGCCAACCAACACAACGGAACCAUCCACCAUGGAGUCAACGUGAACGGUUCCAAGAAGUUACCAAAGAACAUAGCAGAACCUUGCCCGUAGUGUCUAGGUCUGUGAACUUGUUCCAAGUAGAAAUCUUUAGAAAAGUUUCCAAACAACACCUGAGGGAAUAAAGGCUUGCUUAAAUCCAAAAAUUUGUGUUUCUUGAUAUCGGCUUCGUAGUCGGUCUGAAUAGAUAACUUAUCCAAUGCAGGUAAGUGAUCGUGGAACUCAUCCAACGCAUAGUUAUUGUUGUCUUGUAAUCUGACUUCUACCGGAGUGUGGUUUCUGUUAUUCAACAUUUCUUCUUCCUCAAUAGGUGUGGCCACGUAAGCAAUCAACAUCUCUUCGUCCAACAUAUCGUAGGCACUUUCAGAGUGUUCGUGGGAGAUGGUGUCGGCCAUAAUCUGGGUGAUAUCUUUUCCUAAAUAUGGGAUGAUGAUAUCACCACCAGCGGGAUGCUCAUUGAUAAAUCCGGUGAUGUCAUACACCUUUCGGUUGUAAAGGGUAACCCACGCAUCAGUGACAGUAUUAUGUUUAGCCACUUCCAGUGCCAGCAAUAAGGCCAAGUUUCUUGACAUAGUAACUCUAUAAAAAACCUUUUAAAAGAACAAGUGAAAAAAAAAGCGAAUGUUUAUA